GUGUCUACAGCUUGCAGUGGGAAUCUCUGGGACAGUGUCUGUAUACAACAAGUUUCCUGCAGAGUGCUGUUUCAGUGAGCUUGUCCCCAGCAAGUCGUUACUUAUUGGUGGGUUUAGCUUCUCGACGAGUUGCUCUUCUUCCCAAUGACAGGCAUUACAUGGCCCAAGUGUUUCGACUGGAUGGUGGAAAACCGGGACGCAGUGUUGGUGGCCGUGGUCGACUACGUCACAUGCGGGACAUAGAGCAAAUUCGUGACCAGGGAUACAUGAGUCUCAACUGCAUAAGGUGGGCUCCUGGCCCUGGACAAGGGUUUGUGUAUGGAACUAAUACUGGACAGUUAAAAGUUCUCCGGUAGAAUUGUGAUUGAGGUGACUAGGCUGUAAUGUUGGUAGUCAGAUGUAAUCGACUCUGAAAUAAUAAUCAUUGGAAGGUGCUAUGGAGCAGCUGAAAAGGAUUGUAUAUAGAUCUGCACACUUAAUAUAUAUAAUUGGUUCUCAAUAUUAAUGGUGUAACAAUGUUUAUUGCUUAUUUGACAGAUUUCUAGUGAGUUAUUGUAUCAUGUUCUAAUGUCUACAUUUAUUAUGAGUAGAAAGUUGCUGCUUAGUUCAUGUUUUUAGAUACUAUAUGUAUGUUGAUUUGAAUGCAAUAUACUUCUCCAGAGAGAUGUGUAUGAAAAUUUCUACAUAUAUUUAUUGCUUUUUAAGGUGCAGAUGUGCAAUGCUAUGAAUGCACGUGAUUGUGUUAUCUUAAGCUGCUAAUGUGCAGUGGAUACUUGUUAUUUGUUCCUGUACAUGAUGUAAUGUUUGCAAAUCUGACUUUUGUGUCAUUUCCAAUAUAAAAUAAAACAGUGGAAUUGUCCUGCAUCAUGAGCAAGUGUUUUAUUUAUGUUUUCUGCAAAGGUGUGAGGAC